CUUAUGUAGUGUGCCUGGUGAGCCUUAAACAAUGACGCUUGCAAAGGUUUAAAUAAUAUGACGCAAAAAAAACCUUCCUUCAUAUUACUUACAAGUUCGCCUUUGUGUUGUGGGAGGACAACAGCACAUGGACAAAGCUCAGUCCUUUUCAAAAUGUAUUGGUAUAGACAGGCAGCCUGCUGAUUGUAUUACCAUAUAGCAGGGUUUAUAAAACUGCAGUCCUCGCUACCCACCACGCUACGUCUUUCUGAGUUUACUAAUUUACUCCCCAUUCAAAUACAAUUGAACUCGUUCUACGCUGCACGCGUCCAAUUAUUUUUAAACAAAUUCCACGGGAUGCACUAAGCAAUUAACGCCGUCUGCGGUACGUGUAAACACGUGCACACACACAUUGGGAGGACUGGAGUUUUGGAAAUCUUGCCGUAUAAUGCCACCUCAUAUUACUGUAGAUUGAUUAUCUCGCAUGCAUGAUGACGUCUGCGUGAUCCACUAACCACAUCUGUAAAGUGCUGACUAAUAGGCCACCUGGUUAUUUUCCCGUUACCUUUCCAUCACUGAUCACGUGUGUGAUAUUCUUUUUUUUAUUCCCAGAAUAUUCAUUGUCGACACCAAGCCCAGGUGAGAUGUAUGUAUUUUGUGCAUGCGCAAGUGUUGGCAUAUGAGUUACAAUUUAAAACGAGUACUGCUAGGUGAAGGCCUCCUCACAAUAUCUCUGCCCUGGGGGUUACUUCUCGACAAUGGAAAGCCACACUCUUGUUCAGGAAAGUACUGCUACAUUGUUUUUUAUUUUAAGAUGUUUUCAACCAAUUAUUUUUUUGUGCUCAUACAAUUGGGAGAAAACCUACGCGUGCGAGGGUCAACAGCCGCAACACUUGCAUUGCCUUCUAGCGAGCCAGGGUAUUCAGCACCUCGACGCCCACGGGAAGGGAGUUUCACAACAUCCACCAAUCUUGCCUCCACAAUAGUGAAUUUCAGGCGUGUGUAGACAUUCACCACCCAAUAUUAGCAUACGGACGGUUUAAAUUCGUUUAAAAAAUAUACUUUCUACAGAUAAGUGCCAACCGAACCCGUGCCUCAAUGGUGGGACCUGUGUGGAUUACGGGUCUUGGCAUCCUGAAAACUACCAUUGCUACUGCUAUGCAGGUUAUUGGGGCGACAUCUGCCAACACUAUGAUUAUUCAAGGUCGACACCAAGCCCAGAUGGAGCAUCACUGCAAGUGAACUGCACUUCGGAAUACAUGGAGUUUAAGAUCCCGCAGAGUAAAGUGAACUCGCUCGGCCUUUCAAAUUACGAUGUCCACCUGGAGGACUCCUCGUGCCGGGGAUACUCCACCGGACACUUCCUGGUCCUGCAAACCCACCUUCAGGCCUGUGGCACCACGAGCCAGACAAUCGGCGACACCGUUGUUUAUACGAACACGGCGUACGGCUUCAUGCCAGGGACGAAGGUCAAGAAGCUGCGCAUCCCCUUGCACUGCUACGUUGGCAACCAGGGAAAGGUCGUGGCCAGCUUUGCUCCAAGGGUUCACGACCAGUACAGCACAGCCCAUUUUGAACUGAGUAUGAAGCUCUACACGAACUGGCAUUUUGACCAUCCUAUCUCUUCGUACCCGUUCUCCGUGGAGCUCGGAGAUGCAAUCUAUGUGGAGGUGCUGCUCAACUCCUACAAACAUGACCAAGAGCUGAUGCUGGUCACGUGCAAGGCCUCCCCCUACCCAGGGGCGUCGGAGAGUGACUCCUACAUCUUGCUCAGAGAAGGGUGCCCUGAGGACCAUUCUUACGACAUCUACCCGAGUGGCGAUGACACGAAGAAGCACUUCAGCUUCCAGAGCUUUGAGAUGAGCAACGGUGCACAGGUGCUAUAUUUUUUCAACAAUUGCAUUGAACGCAGCCGCGGCUACUAA